GCCUUUUUUGGCACUAAACGUAAACCGGCCUGUGGCGCGUGCAGUGACGUCAUCAAAACAGUAAGCGAAAGCCAACGAAUAGAAAGUAAAAGUGUUACUGAGCCGACAGGGAAGACGACCACGGUAAAGGUUCAGUGGCCUUUCUGAACCACGCUGUGAGUUGGGAUGUCAGUGCCGUUCUCGGGCUGGGAGGUGGUGGACGAUGGAGCUUCCUAUCCUGGGGUGGAGCUGAAGCCGUCGCAGAAGCCCCAGAACCGGGGCGUCUACGCCAUGUACCACGGCACCAGCGUGGCCAGCGCUCGCCUCAUCAUCGCCCAUGGUUUCAAGCAGUCGUCAGGAGGAACGCUGGGGCGAGGCGUCUACGUGAGCCGUAACAGGAGCAAGGCAUCCAGCUACCCGCUCCACGCGCAGCCUGCAGACCGCGUGGUGUUUGAGCUGCGCGUGCGGGUGGGACGUGUAAAGCGUAUUGACCCAAACAGUAUUUUCGUGCCACUUACCUGGCAGGCAGAUGGCUACGACACCGCGUGGCUUCCCCCCAGCGCUGUGCGUUUAGAGGAAGACUGUGUGUUUGACCCCAAGAGGGUGGAGGUGGUGGGCAUCGCCCAGGCCCCGAGCCCCAGCGUUGAGAAAGAGCUGCUGCAGCUCAUAGGCAAGAAAUCCAAAAGAAAAAAUGCUGCUGCCGCUGUUGCUGCUGCUAUUAAUGUGUGUGCACUGUGCAAGAGGAAGACCCAGGAGGGCUCUCAGCACAUCAAGCAGCAGUGCUGGCGGUGUGGGACAACCAUCUGCAUUCUGGCGCCCAGGCACUUCUGUCCAGCUGAACCCUGAUGGAGGAUGAGGCAGGAGGACAGCAUGGUGUAGUGGCAAAAAGAGGAUCUGGCUUGAAAAUAAUAACAAUAAAAAUAUUCAGUAUGAACACAAA